AUGACAGAGACCCCCAAGAAAUUUGUACACUGGCAGUUCGCCUCCCCCUCUCUGUCGAACCUGAAUUCGCCUUUCUUCAACACAACCAAUACCAGUGCUUCGUCCGUAGACUCAACAUCCAGUCUAGAAUUCAUAAACUCGCAGCUCGUCGCUCAUGGAUAUGUACCCUCCCCCGGACUGUCGCUGGAGGGGAUAUCGAAUGAGAGCUGCGAUAGGGUUGUUAAGUGUUUGUUGGCGCUGCUCAGUCAACGUAUGGAGGAUAUGUCGCGCACGGAAGAGCUGACUGCGAAAGUGCGUACGGUCACGUACGAUUACGAGCGGAUGGUAUCUAUGCAUCGCAAAGCGAAGGAAGAGAGUGCGAACGCCGAGAGAGAGAUGAACAUGCACAAAUCGCGGUUAACUGCAACACUCAAAACUCUACAAUCAACCGAAACAGCACACAAGCAAACUUCCGCGGAACUGCAGCGUACACGGACGGUGCUGCAGGGCGUACGCGCGACGCACGUUGCAGAGUUGAAGAAGAAGGAAAAGGAGGUCGAGAGGAUCCUCGACAAGUGGCAGAAGAUCUCCGACGCCCAGGCAAAGCUCACCGCUGCGCCAAGUGGGAUUGUGCGGUGUUUGAACGCUGCUGUUGUCGAAGGAAGUGAGGUUUUUGGGAAAGGACAGGGAUACCUUGAGAUAGCAUUGGAGCAAGCUGAACAGGCUCGAUCGAGUCUCAGCGACGACAACUUGUUUUUGAGAAAGGUUCUUGUGAGGGCGGUCAAUGAGCUGCAGUCCAUCAUCCACCACGCAAGAUGUCUAAUUGCAGGAGAUCACCACAACCUAGAAGAACCUACCCCUCUCACUAUGACCGCAGUCUUUCCUGUUGCUCCCCCCCACGCCGUUAACGACCGCCUCAACGCGAUCUUCAAACAGCUACGCGAGAGUAUCUCUUCAAUCGCUGAAAUAUCGACCAAAGCUCCUGAAAUCACCGCUCAGAUUCCCGUGGGCGAAGUAGAGCGCCUUCAGGGAAUUAUCACUGCGCUCAAAGAUGAACUAGCUCUCACCAAAAAACACUCAACAGCCCAACCAUCCGCCACACAAGCGAUGUUCGAUAAAUUCGCCCAGGACCACCGGGUCGUCAGUGGUGAGAUAGGGGAGAUGAGCAUAGAACUGAUGUCCGCGCCUCUGCAAGAUGAGGCGAAGGAAAGACUCGAUGCGCUGAGGAAGGAGCUGGAUGAGGAGAGGAGGAGGUUUACGGAUGCGGCUGUUAAGUUUGGGAAGGAGAAGGCUGCGCUUGAGGCUGAGAGGUUCAAAUUCCACGAAGAAAAACGCUCCUGGCAAGUCGCACAGAUGCUCGCAGAACUACCACCCACCCCCCUCCCCACCCACCCCACCCACUCUCCCUCUCCCACCAACCAUCCCACCAAAACAAAGGCUCCGACCUGCUUCUCACCCAAAAAAUCGCCGGCCCACAAAGCGGCGUCGUUCAAGUCGCCUAGAAAAUCGCCGGCGAGAAAGGUGCCGGUUGGCAAGGCAGGUAGUGGGCGCAAAGCGCAUCGGGUGUCUCGAAGGCCUUCAGCGUCGCCCAAUGCAGUUGCGGGCGCGGUUAGAUAUGAGACGGAGUAUAUGCCGCCUCUCCCUGCGCUGUCGCUGCCGCCGAUGGGCCCCAUAGCGCCCCCGCUAACGAGCUCGCUUCUCCCUACGUCAUUCGUGCUCCCUCCUCCGUCUCCUCGCGCAUCUUUACCUACCAAUCCCGCUCUGCCUCUCCCCACCACCACCGCCUCCUCCUCUGCCAACUCGCCGCCAGAAAGUACAACACCCGACAGCGACCACUCGUCCUCAUUACCACCUCAACACCGAAGCACAACCCCGCCCGGAAGCGACGACUCCAAUAACUCCUCCUCACCACCACCACCACCCCCGCUACCCCAAUCCUCCUCCUCCUCGUCGAAUCUACAAAUCCCAGCAACACCGCACCACCCCUUCCCCGUCGCCAAACCCUUCGCACUACGCAUGAUCCACGCAUACUCACCCGCCAAACCGAGCCCGCUAAGUCGGAUUCUUAUGCUUGGCGAUUCGCCGCUUACACCUGCACCUGCACACGCACCUGCUAUGAGCUUGGAUGAGUUGGCUUCGCCCACAGCCGGUUCGGGGUUAGGUUCGGGUUCGGGUUCGGGUUCGGGUUCUGCACCUCUCGACACUGUAGCUGAAGCUGAAGCUGAAGGAGCGGAAGAUCAUGGAUAUAGACAUGGAAAUAACGUGCUCUUCCCACCUCCACCUUCGACGACGCACGAGAAGCAGGAAAAGCAGAUAUCAUUAGCCGCAGAACUAGGCGUCGAAUCUCCACCCGACACACCGCUUCAAGAGCGCAACGUGCCUGAGCCCCCUGCUCUAGCACCUGUACAAACGAGGGAAAGGGUUUUCUUCCCAUUCCCUGAUCCGAAUGGGAAUGGGAAUGGGAAUGGGAAUGGGAAGAGGGGCGGGUACACCGGUGCUGAGAAGGGGAAAUCUAAGGCGAAAGCCAACGCAAAAGCUAACGCUAAGGCUAAAGCUGACGCUGAUCAUCCUCCCGCUGGAUCGCGUGGCACUCGCAGUUCAGCUGUAGGCGAGAAAGAGAACGCUAAUUCACGACGAGAGAAAGCUAGCUCGGCCCCAGGAAGCGGAGGAGGCGGAGGUGUUGGCGUUGGAGGAGGAGGGGCGAAAUCAGGGAAAAUAUCUCCUCUACCACCACCACCACCACCGCCCGGUACCACCUCAACAGCUCGGAAAGUCUCGCCUACAGGCGGGCCAACGGUGAAAACGUCCAUCAAGGCGGUGGUCAAAGCCUCAACGACGACGACGACGACAGCAUCGUCUGUCACUAUGAAUCGACCCAAGAUAACGACUAAACCGCCUGGACCUCCAACUGCUGGAACAGGUCCAAGACGCGUGCCCAUUAACAGCGCGGACGCUCCUCCGAUUGGAAAAGGCUGGAAAGGGUAG